AGGGUGGGGGUCUCUUGGGGAAAGGAGGACAACCUGUACUUCUGGGAGAAUGGGAGAAGUUGGGAAGAUAGCAGUGUUUGUGAUGACUUUCAUCAACUGCAAUGCCCUCCUGGAUCUAUCUGGUGUCCACCAGGUCACAGGCACAUGGAUGGGACCCACCACUGUACCGUGUACCUACGUGCCUUCAGAAGGUGUCACACAGCAAACGCUUAGCUGGAGCGUGGAGCGGGACUCCAGCAUCUCUACCAUCUUCCGGAGGGAUGAUUCUGGGGACCACAUCUUGCUGUCUAAAUUCCGAGGCCGAGUCAGCGUCCCAAAGCACAGCCCAGGGGAUGCCUCACUCCUCAUUGAGAACCUUGAAAUGCCUGACAGUGGACACUACACCUGUCAAAUCAUCUGGAGGUCUACAGAUAACAGCUUGAUAACAAGAGAGGUGACCACUACAGUUAAAGUUGUCAAAGUGGCAGCCACCAAGCCCAUCAUCAGAGCUGGACAGCUGGGGCUGACGCUCCCGGCCGGAGGCAGCACCAGCCUCACCUGCGAGGCCAGCGGCUCCCCUCCCAUCAGCUACCGCUGGUUCCGGGCCACCCCGGCGGGCAAAGCCGUGUUCCUGAGCAGCGGGGCCGAGCUGGCCUGGCCCAGCCUGCGGCCCUCGGACAGCGGGACGUAUUUCUGCGAGGCAGAGAACAGGGCCGGCGCCGGGGCCGUGCAGCGCAGCGAUGCCGUGCAGCUGACGGUGACAGAUCUGCCCACAACAACAGUGGCCUUGUGGAGGAACGUGGGAACCACGGGCGGACACCACCCAGCCGCAGGUCAGGGUGGGAGCAGUGACAUGGAGCACACAAUGACAGAUCCGGUGCCAACAACACGCAUCUCCAGGAUGGAUACUGCUCCAGUCGGGCCUUUCACAGACACAGGUUCCCCGCUGCUGUACGGGCCGGCGGCCGCGCUGGGCGGCGCCGCGCUGGGCGCGCUGCUGGCGGCGGCGCUGGGCUGCUGGCGGCGGCGGAGGAAGGACGCCGCAGCACUGCAGAUGUCGCCCCGCUGCACGCUGAGGUGGAAGUCCCUAUUAUAUGCCUACAUGAGGAAAUGA